CCUGCUGAUGCCCGUAGAGCUGCUGUAGCAUGUGUAGCCUUUGAACUGACACAACACCCGAGAAUCUGCUCGGUUAAUCGAGAUUUUCAAAGCGCAAAACCACAUUUGAAAUGCAUGAAUGAAGUUAGAACACAUUUAUUCUGGCACAGCUGUUGAAAUAUAAUGCAAUUCAGUCCUAGUAGUGACACUCGGGGAGAAGUCUAAACACAGAGCAACAACAGGGGUGGAAAAAAGUUUCCAAAACUCAAAAGUGUUCAACAAAAGAAAAUCGACUUUAUUCGUAGCGAGGAUCACAUACAUAAAAGACGAGACCAAGAGGCGGAGGGUUUACAUGGGCACCCUGUGCGUAAUGGUAAAAACAGACCAUAAUGAGCAUAUCCAGCUCGGAGAGGGUGAUCAUCCAGUCCAUAGAUCUAUUUGUCCAAUAACGAGAAAGCAACAGUCACCUGCUGCCUAUUUGUUUGUUCAUGCAAAUCAGUGUGUUUACCUUGUAAACCGUUUACUCUCCUCUCUGCCGGGCACAUCCUCUAUUGUUUGCUAACGGGGGGUGUUGUGGGCGAUACCUUAUCCAAAAGUUAAAUGAGUGCCGGAAAGCCCAUUAAAAAGGGGCGCACUUCACUGUCAAUCAGUCUCGUCCCAAGGCGAGGAAAGGGCACAUUACCUGCAGUUCCUUAUCUAAAUAGAAAUAAGAACCGGUUUUAUCGCAAAGGGGAGGCCCUCUGCGUCAGAUAAGAGAGGUGACUGGGUUGCAGUGUAACACACUGACGCAGAGCACAACAGAGGCGGAAUCGAUCCGCAGCAAACACUCACUCACACGAAGCUCGUUUCUGCGAGCAGCUUUCACCGCAGGGUUUUGGAGACAUUUCGUCACUAUUCGGACUCUUUUAGAUCAGGCACACUGUAGCAUGCUGGAUGCAACCUCAGGGAUUAUUGAGCAGCCGAGACGGAAACCUUUAAACCGAAAGGGGUGCAUUUGUGUGUGACAUCUGCACCUGGAUAUCACUGUUUUUACUUUCUGUAUAACCGAGAAAAAGUGCACGGCAUAUUUAGUAAAUCCAGUCUUUUGGGAUGAUUUCAGCCAUAUCCAGUCCGUGGCUGACGCAGCUGUCCCAUUUUUGCGAUGUUGCAGCCUUCACGACGAGCAGCCUGAGCAGCCUCAACACGCCGGGGGGCUACCACCUCUCCCCGUCCCCCGGGGACCCCUACAGCCAGCAUGAGGCCCACUUCGAGCCCUGCCCGGCCGCCCAGCACAACUACAACUACCCGGGCUCCAACCCGGGCCAGAACCCGCAGAGCGACGGGGGGACUCCCAACUGCUCCUCGUCCUCCAACAACUCCACUCCCAACGGAAAAACCCUCGUGAAGAAGAACCCCAAAGUGGCCACCAUUAACGUGCAGUUGGAGAUGAAAGCUUUAUGGGACGAGUUUAAUAUGCUGGGCACGGAGAUGAUCGUUACCAAGGCGGGCAGGAGAAUGUUUCCAACUUUCCAAGUGAAAAUAUUCGGGAUGGAUCCCAUGUCAGACUACAUGCUGCUGAUGGACUUCCUGCCCGUAGACGACAAACGUUACAGGUAUGCUUUUCACAGCUCCUCGUGGCUGGUCGCCGGUAAAGCGGACCCCGCCACGCCGGGCAGGGUGCACUACCACCCGGACUCUCCGGCCAAAGGCGCGCAGUGGAUGAAGCAGAUUGUCUCUUUUGAUAAACUCAAGCUCACCAACAACCUGCUGGAUGACAACGGCCAUAUCAUCCUGAACUCCAUGCACCGAUACCAGCCCCGGUUCCACGUGGUCUAUGUGGACCCCCGCAAGGACAGCGAGAAAUAUGCCGAGGAGAAUUACAAGACUUUUGUUUUUGAGGAGACCCGCUUCACAGCAGUCACAGCCUACCAGAACCACCGGAUCACGCAGCUGAAGAUAGCCAGCAAUCCCUUCGCAAAGGGCUUCAGAGACUGUGACCCAGAGGACUGGCCCAGGAAUCACAGACCAGGCUGUCUGCCAAUAAUGAGUGCUUUUGCCAGAACAAGAAACCCAAUGUCGUCCCCGCCUCCGCAGAACGGCUCUGAGAAAGAGGACAGCAGAAGGGAGUACGAGCGGGACCCCAGCGGCACGCCCAUACACGGAGACCCGGCCCACCAGCUGAUGUCCCGGGUCCUCAGCCCCGCCCUGCCCGUCCCGGGGGGCCUCCACGGCGUCUCACUCUCCAGCGGCAGACCCAGCCCCCCCCAUGACCUUCGCCAAGACCCCCACGGUCUCCCGCCGGACACCCUGCACCACCACCCCUACAAGUACCCCACCACCUACGAACACUACCUGGGAGCCAAGACCCGGCCCUCGCCCUAUCCUUUACCCGGCAUCAGAGGACACACUUACCACCACCACAUGAACCCAGCCACGGCUAACAUGUACUCAGCCACCAGCGGCCCCUCUAACUAUGACUACGGGCCCCGGUAAGGAGCGAUGCAUUGUGGGAAAUGGAAACAGGAAAGGCAACACAGUCCUGUCUAUUGAUGGCAACCUGUGGGGUGCGUCCACCGCCUGAAACUCUGCUGGAUAAACCCCGUAUUUAUUUAAAGGAAAUGCAUCUCUGCGCUAAGCACCUGCUCUGAGUCCUUUCAGAGGCCUGCUUUGACCUUUGAACCCGAAUGGGAAAAGCUGCACGGCGAGCGGUGCGGACAUUGAGCCAGAAAACAGAGGAGGCAGGAGGGACCUCUCUUUAACACGGACAAUACCUUUGAUCACAGACUGGAAUUGAAUUUUUUUUUUGUGUUGGAUGCACUUUUUGAUUUGUUUGUAUUGCUUUCAAAAAAGCCAUAUGUUAUAUAGUACAUCAACCUUCUAGGUAGACGAGAUGUUUGCAUGUUGAGCUCAUCAGAGAAGGGUGUCGAAACACACCCAAAUGUUUUUGUUUGAGGUAUAAAAAAUAAAAGAAAUACAAGAUUUGAUUUUGAACAUCUUGAGCCGCUCUGAGAAGCUUGUACCAUGGCACUGACUUGCAGCAAUUCAAAGUAAAUAAAUGAAGCAGAAUGACUGUUCUGUAUCUGUAAAAUAAACAUUAAAUUCUUGUAAUUCA